CACUUCCGCAUACGGUAGUAGCUGCAUUUUUAUUCCGGAAACGGCGGAAAGCUGAAAGCACAGCCCACUAACAAGCUGUAAAAUAGUCUACCGUGGGUUGCUUGAUGAAUCAUUUGCAAAGAGCAAGUAAAGCAAGCCGCACAAGUCGAACAAGAAACCAUGUUAGAAUUCAUCGACUGUAUCUCCUUGGUGGUUCAUGCUGGCUUUGUGGCCUUCCUCUUCUCCUCUGCAACUUCCGAUCUUCUAGUCAUGCGGCUCCUCAUUCAGUUUGGCUGGGGUUGCUUCCUGCUACCAUGCAUACCCACGAAUCUCAGUGAGCCCAUUUGCUGGACGGGCAUCUUUUGGCCCGUCAUCAAUCUAUACAUCAAUGGUUGUGCACUACUACGUCUUCUGAUGGACGAGAAACCCGUCCACAUGAAGGAAGAAGAGGAGGCCCUUUGGCGAGUCUUCUACCGUUUAGGAGGGGUAUCCAAGAUGAUUUUCUACCAUGUUGUUGCAAGAAACAUGGAGGUUGUUCACUACAACCCUGACGACGACAUGCCAACAUCCGAGUACUUGUUCAUUGUGUAUCGAGGUUCUUGCCAUGUCGAGAUCAGGGACAGCAAGGAAAAGGUGAUCAGGGAUUUCACAGCUGCCUCCUUGGUCAUGUUUGACUUGAAGCACAUGGACCUGCUGCAUGGUCAGAAAAAGGACACCUAUAGGAUGCAAGCCACUUGCAAAACACAUGUCACUGCCCUGCGGUUUCCCCUUCAUGUUGUCAAGGAAAUGACCCAUACAGCAAGCGUCAAGGGCGCCUGGCAAAAUCUUCUCAUUGAGAAUCUAUCCAGCAUCUCACUGGAUCGGUACAGAAGAGAAGGAGUCUGCCCCAUAGCAGUGGACCCUCUUUUCGCUCCAUUGGAAGAUUGGGAGGUUCCAGAUGCCUCCAGUCCGGGUUCGGGGCUUGUUCCGCAAAAGCCAUUCUCUCAUUUGUGGGCAAUGAUUCGUAAGCACUAUUCGCUUCCUUGGCCAUUUGGGGAGAUUCCAGUAGGUCUUCGGCACAUUGGCCUUCCAGCACCCGACCGACACUCCAAAUCUCUGUCGAGCUCCUUGUUGUUGCUAAACCAAUCCAAGCAUAAGAGUUCCAAGGCAUCCAAGAGCAGGAGGAGUAAAAGAAGAUCAUCCUUUUCCUUACCAGGCAGGCGCGCAUCGUUUGGGUCGGUGUCACUUUCGACAAGAUUAUCUUUUUGCAGCAUGAAGAGAUCCAGUAGCACUUUCUCUUUCAGAGACGACUCAUCAUUUUCCUUUGCCGAGCAAGACGAAGAGCUCUCCUGUAGCCUCGAUGACUCUGACCUCGACCUCGAUCUCGAUGUCUCUAAUACGAGUAUUGAGUCUGGUUCCCUCGUGGUUGGAGGAGGUGAGCGCCGAAGAAGAUCAUCAAUAUCCGAGAAGGUCGGGUUCUCAGUAUAUGGAUCUUCGGAGCAUCAAGUGGAUGAAGAGCUAGGCUUGUGCUGUGAUUCUCCUUCCCCCCUUAGCCCCGAUUCUACCACUACCAGUACCAGUAGCUGGAAGGAGGGCAUGGGUGAGAGUAUGGUGUUUGAAGUUUGAGCAUGUUUCACCCGCCUCUUUCAGUCCAAGUAAGAUCGAAACAAAGAAAAUUGAAACCCCUGGCGACCACUUUUCUUCUCGUGCACUCCAUGCAAUCACCGCUCUCUCCUCCGUGGCUCAUGCGCACCACACCAACCCAACACGCCAUGAAGCUUGCAUACAGUACAUACACGUACACAAAACCUCCCCUCUGCAAUUGUGGAAAACAAGAAGGAAGACAAAGAAUCUCACAAGUAUGGACGGAGCACGGUCUUCCCGCAGCACGGUCUUCCCGCAGCACCUACUGCAGCUAUUAGAAAAGAUACUAUUCAUACAUAAUUUAAUAAUAAUCAUACAUUAGAAUGCUAUUUGGUCCAUCGAUCAACGUGUUUUGCAGCGUACGAUGCAACACACCAC